CAUGUCCUCUCCUCUGCCGACAAAGUACUAACUUACACAUUAUCUCGCACGGCAUUUAAAUGUGCGGCUGCGAAGACCGAAGGACCCUCAGUCAGCGACCAUUCACAGCAUUCUUCACAGGACGUGCGAAAACCACACCUGCCUUAACCUGCCUUUAAGUUAAGCUCACCUGAGGUUCUGCCUUGAUUCUAGAGUCGGAUAUGGCCCAGCAAGAGUACAAGCUUCUGGGGGACAAACUUUUCGCCUACAAGGGCACUGUGUUCCCAGUGGAUGACACCCAGGAGCUGACGACGGAGUACAUCGACAGUCUGGAGAACUUUGAGAUCAAAGACAGCGAUGUCUUCGUGGUUACUUUUCCCAAGUCAGGCACAGUAUGGACACAGCGCAUCGUCACUCUCAUCUACGAGGAGGACUUCCCCGAGCUGGAGAACGAGGUCACGUUCCUGCGUAUGCCCUGGCUGGAGUUCCUGGAGAAGGGGAAGGACUACUCCACGCGACCCUCGCCAAGGCUGUUCUGCUCCCAUCUGCAACAGCACCUCAUGCCCCGAGGCCUGCAGCAGCAUCGGGGAAAAAUCAUCUAUGUGAUGAGGAACCCCAAAGAUGCCAUGGUGUCGUAUUUUCACUUUGCCAAAUUCAUGAAGAAGCUGGAUUCGCCUCCAGACUAUGAUGAAAUGCUGGACAAGUUCUUUACUGGGUGGAUGAUUGGAGGGCGCUGGUUUGACCAUGUCAAAGGAUGGCACACCAAUAAGGACAACUACAACAUCCUGUUUCUGACCUACGAGGAGAUGAUCAAGGAUCUAAGAUCAGUUGUGGUGAGGAUCUGUGAGUUUGUGGGAAAGAACCUGUCCGACGCAGCGAUAGACAGCGUGGUGGAGCGGGUCACCUUCAAGAACAUGAAGAACGACGCAAAAGCCAACUAUGAGUUCCUCCCGGAGGAUGUGAAGGAUCCCACCAAAGGAAAGUUUCUGCGCAAAGGAACCAUUGGGGACUGGAAGAACUCUCUGACGGUGGCCCAGAGUGAACGCUUUGACCAGGUCUACCAGGAGAGGAUGAGGAACCUCCCUCUCCAGUUCAUCUGGGACGUUAAGGAGCUGCAUGGCUGAAUGUUUGAUAACUCAAUCUACCACACAAGCGCACACAAGAUGUUGUUGACAACAGUUGUUGUUGUUGACAACAGAACAUCUGUAUUAGUUUUAAAAACACAUGUUAUUGACUUGCUCACAAAAGCGAAGGUGGCAACAAAGAUCUAGGAAAUGAGUGGUACCCUGUCCCAGGUUUCUCAUGCCAUAACAACGUAAGGAAUUAUGUGUGUAGUCAUGCCCCCGUCCUGUAUUCCCAAUGACACUAGAUUCCUGAUCUUCAUCAACUGUCAACAUCAAUUACUACUAUUAAUGACCUAUUACUGCUUCGUUAUGUAAUCUUAAUGUCUCCAUAAUCUUCUGCUGUUUGUUAUCCUUUUGUUAUGUCAGGUAGAUACAAUCUCCAGACACCAGUGUGUUUUCAGCUAAAUUGUUACUGUGUUACAUGGUCGUCUCAGAAUGGUGGCAUGAACUCCCUGCAAAAUGCAAUGCAAUAUUAAACACUUACCAGAGUUUGGAUAUUUUGUGGAAGGGCCUGAGGAAACUAGAAACACAGAAACGAGAUUCUAUUCACACAA